GCUACGCACGCUAGUGAGCCGGCUCAGUCGCGCCGCGACCGUCGCUCGCCACACAACUCCGGGCGUACACUAUCCGUGAACAUUCUCCACAGUUUACACUGUUACCCUUUGAUUCUUGACCGCAGUGAAGUUCGACGCGAGUGAUUCUUUUUUUAAAUUUCCUCAGCUGAAAGUUCGUGGACUUUUGAGUGUUUUGAGAGGAGCUGCCGGAUUGCAUGAGGUGUCGGAGCGAGCUGCGAUCCCCGGCGAUGCACUCAUUGUGACGGUCCACCGACAGUGACACGAAACCGCGUCCGAUGAUCUCAGCCAGCCUGCCCGGCGAGGCUCUGGGCCCGCUCAGCCACCUGUACCCGGCCGCGGGCAUGACGCCCGAGUUCCUGGCGCCGCCGCCGCGGCCGUACGCGCGCUACCCGCCGCGCCGCCGCGACCUGCCGCCGCCGUCCGCCGCGCCCGCCUACCCGCCCGUGCCCGGAGCCUACGCUCCUUUCCUGCCGCAAUAUGCGCCGUAUUUGUAUAGACCACGCGCGCCGCCGCCGCAACAAUCCUACCCUAUACGGCCGCGACCAACCUCAGGCUUUGUCCCGCCCGCUCCGGCGCCUAGAUCACCCCCGCCGGCUCCGAUCCUCCCUCCGCCGAUGCCCGAGCCCCCUGCAUCUCCUGACAGGGGAUCGCCCGCUCCGUACUUCUGCAGGGGAGCGUUGAUUCGUCUAGAAGACGGUUCGUUGAGGCGGGUGGAGGAGAUGAGGACGGAAGACUUCGUGGCGAGCGCGGACCGCAGUGGCGACCUGCAGCUCACGCAGUGCACGCUACUGCGCCUCGAGGAGCGCGCUGAGAGACUGUCGCUCACGCUCACGUAUGACAAGAACCGGUCACAGGUGGAGCUAGAAUCAACAGUAGAGCACCCAUUCUUCGUGUACGGGCGCGGCUGGGCGUCGUGCCGGCCCGAGCGCACGCUUCGGCGCUACGGGCUCAGGGUGCAGCGGCUGCAAGUGGGCGACGUGUGCGUGUCGCUGGUGGCUCGCCAGCACGCGCCCCCGGCCCCCGCCCCCGCCCCCGCGCCCCCGCAGACGCACCCCGAGAACCUCAGCGUCAAGGAGACCAACAAGCGGCGCUGGUCCGCCCCCGAUAUAACUGAUGAAGACCGACCGCCCGCCAAGAAACGCUGAUUCUGUUGCCGUCUUUCAUUUGUUUGAGUUCUGCCGUCUCAAAAGUGUGUUUAGUGCGAACCCAGUGAGUUGAAACGGUGUUAGCUUAAUGUAAUUGGGGAACUCUAGGUGCUUUUACUGUCGGGUGCUUCUGUCGUGUGCGGACGUUGUUGUAAAUAUGUAUAGGUAUGUAUGUAUAUGAUACUUAGGUACAAGUUUAACUUACACUCCAUGACUUUACUUAAUGUGUCACAAAGUGCAGACGAAUGCAUAACGUAGCGAGUUUAAAUUUAAAUAGGUCGGCGUAUCGUGCACUCAUGUCGGACCGACGUUAAAUUGGAAUCAAAGAAAAAGUAUAUUUUACAUAUUUGUACAUGCGAUAAAAGAGAUAUUUAAUGAAGCACAAAAUAACAAUAUGGUGAAGUCUCUGCCAGAUCAUGAUUUAGGUUAGAUAUUGUGAUAACCAAUGAGAUUUUAGUGGCCAGGGUCUGAGGCGGGUGGCAAUGCAUAUUUUAGACAAAAAUUUAAAGGUACAAUGAAUUUAAGGUAGGUAAUGACGGGCUGAUGUGCUGACAUGCUUGGACUGACUGACGGGCGGACGGCCGCUCGACUGUGACUGCCUGCUUCCACUAAAUAUUCAACACUUUGGUAUCAACAAUGGCAUUUAUCGAUGUCACUAUUCCAUUCAUUAAUUAAAAGUAUACCACCCGCUUAUCUUCUCGAC